AUGGAAGUGCACGCAGUAAACAACGAUAUUCCGGAGGCUUCACCGCCGAAACGAGCCAAAGCAACUAACGGACGGCGGCAAGUGACAACGAAUGACGCGGAAGAAAUAAGUGUAUCGGCUAUUGGAUGCCUUCCGGAACGGGAACGUGAAACUGAAGAUCUGGCAAAGUAUAUUGAAGACAUUUUAUCGGAAAAUGGUUCCGGCAGUUUGUACAUAAGGAUUAUAAGUGACCAAAAGCUGGCUAGCAAACUUAACAUGGUUUACAAGCACCGGGAGGACUGUCUGGUGGCGAUCAAGCUGCUCAGUCGCGACAAGACCUACCUGAACGAGACGGUCCGGGAGCAGCAGCUGGCUUGUUUGCUCGGUUUGGCAGGGAUCGGUGGCGAAAGCUGCCAGUGCCGAGCGAGCGAAGAGGUCCAGGUGGAAGCGUUGAAGUGCUUGAGCAAUUUGAUUUUCCAGAGCAGCAAGUGCCAGGAGCUGUGUCUGAACAAUUCUUCCACCGAGGGCAUUAUGCGGAGGAUCAAAACUUACAAGGACGGAAAUGUUUGCUAUGAUAUUAGAUACUUUGAUAUGAAGUUGCUGUUCCUACUAACGGCAAUCAACUGUGAUAUUCGAGCGAAGGUUCGAGAGGAACUGCAUGGAUUGGUGUACCUGGUGGAAACGUUGGAUCUGUUCAUGGGACAGGCAGCCGAAGCGAAGGAGUUUAGUGACAAAGAUCUCGAGUUGAUUAAUGAAGUGCUGAAGGUUCUGUUCAAUUUAACCGUUCGCACACCCUUGAAUGCCGUUCCGGAGGAAGAAGAAGCCAAUCAAUUCCAUCGUUUAGCAGUAGUCGUUCACGAUCUGUUCUUCUAUCGCACCCUGAAUCGAGAUAAGAUCAUUUCUCUCCAAUCGAACAUUGUCAAUCUCCUAACCAGUGUUCCGGUCAGCUGUUAUAGCGAGCUUGUCUCACCGUUGAACCCGGAAGAUCUGGAUUCCAAAACCGUUGUGCCAUUCGAAGGAAAGAACGUUUACGUCCUGCACGUACUGGUGGAGUUUCUGAGACGGGUUUUCCAAAAAUCAGAAAAGAAGUCCGAUCAGUACGAACUGUUGUCGCCUAUUCUGACGGUCCUGAUCAAGACGAUUCGAGCGACGGCCCUUAACCGGCGUUACGUUCGAUCGAAAGUGCUUCCUCCUCUGAAGAACGUCAAAGAACGACCGGAAGUCGGCACGGAGCUACGCAACUACUUUUGCUCGCUGCUAACGAGCCCGAUCACUCAAAUUGCCGACUUGUCCGCGGAAUUGCUCUUCGUCCUGUGCAAGGAAAACGUCGGUCGGAUGAUCAAAUACACGGGCUAUGGCAAUGCGGCCGGUCUGUUUGCGAAUCGUGGUUUGCUGGGUAGAGCAGUCAGUAUAUAGUUCAGUUUUAUUUAUUGUCUAUUGUUCUGAGCGAGGAAAAUAGAUGCUUUUAGGUGUUGAAAUUCUCCUGAGUGUCAUCAUUGCGAAAGAAAUCGCCCUUGUUCGGAUUUUUUUGUUUGAAUUUUUUUUAUACAGGAUUUUUAGAUUUCACAUUAAUUAUUUUUAAACCGAUCUCAAUCAGAAAACUGUAACGGUGGCAGCAUGUUGUUGCAAUUGCCCCCUCCCUACUGAAUCUACUGGAUAAACUGUGGUGGAGUUGGUUUCUCGAAUUCGCCCGAAGCGUCUCUAAGAAAAUAUGACUAUCAAUUUUAUUGUUCUAUCCACUACAACAUCUACUCGUAAUACACUGCAAGUACGGUUGCGAUUACAAAAUAGGUCGGUGCUUCGUAUACAAAGUUCACGUAUCCAUCCUUUUCGGCAUCCCACACGAAACGCAUGGACGAUUUGAAGUCCUGGGAAUUCUUAUCUCCCACGGUCACCAUGGCAACCACUCGAUACCGCUCAAAGCUAC